AUGACUGUCGAGGCCAUUCGAAAAGUGCCUUUCAACAGCUUCAUGCUGUUUCCAGUUGUCUUUCUUCUGGUAUGCGCCGGCGCUGGUUUCGUGUUAUCGACGGCGUCCAACCAAAGCUUCGUCUCAAACGAAGCUUUGAAUUGCGCUGUGGGCGUUAAACCCAAUAGACGCUUGAGGAUGCAGACAUGGUCAGCAAAUGAUAAAGAGUAUGGCAGGCCGGAAGAGAGAGUAAACGUCAAGGUGCCUGGUGUAGAGAAACUUAAAGGUUUAAUCAAGUCUGGGACUGCAAAUCUCGAAAAAAUCGCAAGUCGCGCCAAGACUAGGCUGGCCUCCAACAACAAGAAAGCCGCAGAACUCAGCGCAGGAGAGGCCGAGUCGAAGCGUAUUGCGAGCGCCUUGGCUUAUUCUGUGCCCAACAAUAACCCCCAGAAAGCCGCCGAAGACAUUGUUUCAAAACGAAGCAUCGGUGCAAUGGAGUCAUCGGCUCUCUCUGUGGAUAAUAUCAACAACCACAAAGCAAGAGAAGACAUUGUAGCGAAGCUCGGUGUAGAAGCAGUCGAGGCCAAACGUACGGAUUCGGCGCUGACCCGACCUGUGACCAACAUCAUCGUCCACAGGAGACCUGAGCUGAGCGAUGAGGCGUUUAUGUCAGAACUGACCGCCAAGUACGGCGAUGAAGCUCUGACCAAGCUUCUGGUUGAAGCACAAAAUCCUAAAGCGUCGAAAGUUGCUACGAUGGUUAAUCUCUCCAGUUGGAUUCGUGGAUUAGUCAAAAGAAAACGGCGGGAGAACUCUACAAACAUCUGA